AUGGAAAUUACACUACAACCUUCAAAAGAAAGUCAACCUAGUAAGAAGCCUAUACCAAGCUAUGUAGCUAAAUAUACUCUUAAAGGACAUAAAAAGGCUGUUUCAUCGGUCAAGUUUUCUCCCGAUGGUAAAUGGAUAUUGAGUGCUUCUGCUGACGGUAUAGCAAAGAUUUGGGGAGCAUACGAUGGUAAACAUGUUAGAGAUUUGGCAGUUGCACCACCCAAAAAGAAGGUUAACAAGGAGCAAUUUACACUUGGCAUUUCAGAUGCUGCUUGGUCACACGACUCUAAAUAUAUUUGUACUGGUUCUGAUGAUGGUUGUAUUAGAAUUUGGGAUGCUGAAAAGGGAGAAAUAUUAAAAACAUUAAAAGGACAUAAUAACUUUGUAUUUACUGUUGCAUUCAACCCAAGUUCAAAUUUAAUUGCUAGUGGAUCGUUUGAUGAGAAUAUUAUCAUUUGGGAUGUUAAAACAGGUACUGCUCUUCAUACACUACAAGGUCAUUCUGAACCUGUCACUAGUGUACAAUUCAAUAGAGAUGGUUCAUUAUUGGUAUCAAGUAGUUAUGAUGGUAUGGUUCGAAUUUGGGAUCCAUCAACAGGACAAGCACUUCAAACUCUACCAACUGAACCUGAUCCCCCACCAGUAUCAUUUGCAGCCUUUUCUCCAAAUGGAAGAUACAUUCUAGUUGGUACACAAAACAGCACAAUGAAACUAUGGAACCAUACAGAGAAAAAGAUAUCAAAGACCUAUACAGAGCAUACCAAUACUCAGUUUUGUAUAUUUGGAACAUUCUCUAUGGGUGAAUGGGUAGUGUCGGGAUCAGAGGAUGGAAAAAUCUACAUUUGGAAUUUGCAAACGAGGGUCGUCGAGCAAAGGCUCGCUGGUCAUGAAAAGGAGGUGUUGGCUGUAUCAUGUCAUCCUAAAGAAUCUAUUAUAGCAUCUGGAUCAUUGGAUAAUACAGUUAAAGUAUGGGCAUGGGCUCGUCCAACUUCUUCCUCUUCUUCAUCAUCAUCAUCCUCUUCAUCCUCUUCAUCCUCUUCUACUAAUAAUAAUAAUAAUAAUAAUAAUAAUCAAUCUUUCAAUAAUACAUCUUCAUCCUCUACAACCCCACCACCAUCAUUUAUUCCAGAACAACCACCACAAUUAUACCCUCGAUCUGGUAACAAUAAUAGUAAUAAUUAUCCACAAGAAGGUACACAGAAAAUGACAGAAAAUAAAGAAUUAACAAGAGAUGAACAGAUUCAACAACGUAUCAAUGAUAUACAUAAAUUGUUACCCGUUUGUUUCUAUUGCAACGAAACUAUACCUCUGAUUGAUAUUUCUUUACAUCUUCAAAAUUGUCAUGAUGUGGACAGAGAAGCCUUGGAGUCCAUUACAAAGGACAGCAACCCAUGGGUAACAAGACAAUUACAAAGUAAAAUCACUCAAUUACAAAGUGAAAAUCAACAAUUGGAAACAGAUUACAAAGUCUUAUCUUCUAGGGGGGCAGUAAAUCCCUUUGGUACCUCUUCAAGUUCCUAUACACCAUCCAGAUCAAAAAAAUUCAAUAGAUAA